GAAGGGAGGCUUCCCUGCACAGCCUUCCUUGCAUGCGCGGGCAGCCUCCCUCUCGCUCCGGUGCCCUCCACUAAGCGGGUGACGCCGGCUGCCCCCCCCCUCGCUCUGAGUCGCACACGCCGAGCGCGCGGCCGACAAAAAUCUCCGUUUCCGCGGCGGCGCGUGCCUUGUACAUCUUCGUGGGGGGGGCGCGCAUCUCGGAAUAGCCGGUGUGACUGACUGGAGAAGGUUAAAAGAGACUCACAGCACCAUGACUUCAGCCUUGCUUCCGAGCAUAUUAUUUCUUCUGGCCUCUAGACUAGCUGUGACGUUUAGUCACAGUCCCAGGAGCCCAGACAGAGUUUCAGAAGCUGAUAUCCAAAGACUUCUUCAUGGGGUAAUGGAGCAACUGGGCAUUGCUAGGCCUAGAGUUGAAUAUCCAGCACACCAGGCCAUGAAUCUAGUAGGCCCACAGAACAUUGAAGGUGGUGCACAUGAAGGUCUGCAGCAUUUGGGUCCUUAUGGAAACAUCCCAAAUAUUGUGGCUGAAUUGACAGGCGAUAAUAUACCUAAAGAUUUCAGUGAAGAUCAGGGGUACCCAGAUCCUCCAAAUCCUUGCCCAGUUGGAAAAACAGUUGAUGAUGGAUGCCUUGAAAACACUCCAGAUACAGCACAGUUCAGCAAAGAGUACCAACUUCACCAACACCUUUUUGAUCCAGAACAUGACUAUUCCAGCAUGGGCAAAUGGAAUAAGAAUCUACUCUUUGAGAAAAUGAAGGGUGGACUGAAAAGGAAGAAAAGGAGUGUAAAUCCGUAUCUUCAAGGACAAAGGCUGGACAAUGUUGUGGCAAAGAAGUCUGUCCCACAUUUUUCAGAUGAAGAAAAAGAGACUGGAAACUGAAUGAAACUUCACGGAAAGCUCUAAUCCUGCUUGUAUAUAAUCAGUGAUUUAAAUCUCAUAGUGGCUGUAUGUUUACUGAUUAUAUAAUUAUCACUUAAGAGCAGCUGGAUUUAUAAUAUUUCUUUUUCCUUGAAACAUGAAAACCCAAUUCUGCUUUUUAUUAAGUAAUAGUGAUAGGAUCUUUCUGUUUUCCUGGAUCUGAAGCAAACAUAUGAAUAAUAAUAAUAAUUUCAACAGUCAAGAGUUAAAAUGGCCUUAAGAAGCAAAUGAAAAGGAGGGGGAUUUUAAACAUUUCACAUUAUUGUAUUUAUAUGCAUGUUGUGAUGUUUACCUUUCCUGAACAAUUAUUUCACUGGAUUCUGUUAGUAAACAAUUACCUAAUUAACAAUGUAUGUUCAGAUAUUUGCUGUUUAUUAAAAUAAAUACUGGAAGCAGUCUUCUUGCAUGGAGAUA